AUGGCAGAAGGCAAUAGAGAGAAGGAGCGAGGGCAAGGAGGCGCAGCGACGAGCACGACCGGCGGAGCACUUCGAGGAUUAGCUCGAUCUCUCUCUCUGCGACCCAAAAAAGCCGCUUCUCCGCAGCUGCUACCCAAUGGGAGCAUAGCGACGGAGGCGGUGACUUCAGGCAAAGGCAGUCUGGACACGAACACCGCCAAUGCUUUCACUAAUAACAACAGCACCAUCGGACCCAGCUCUCCUUCCACCUCGGCAGGUUUCGCAGGGCUAGGCUUCGCCACGCUACAAUCCCCUACUCGCAAGACUUCUCGAUCGGAGCGUAGACCUGCGCAUCAGCUUUUCGACGACAGCAUCUCCUCUUCUCCUGGUGGACGUGGGCCAGCUGUGGGACACGCGGAUGGAGCAGUGGUAGAGUGGGGAAGGCCACCGGCCCAGACGGACACCUCGCUGAGGGAUGUGCAGGUCGUAGGCUUAGCGAUGGACAAUAGCAAAGGCGCAUCGAACAGCUCUUCGACACCUCUGAGAUCAGUGUCUUCUAUCAGCAGCGUAGGUGCUGGGCAGCGAUUCGGUCGUAACAGGGAUGCAUCAGGAGGUACGAUCGGUCCGAGCAGAGGAGCUUCUUCCAAAUUCACCACCCUGCGAGAUGCGCCUCUCAGCUCAAGCGAUCCAGCUUUGGAGACGGGUCUGCACGUUCAAAGAGGCAAAGGAGUCGAUCGAGCGAAUGCGAGCGCACCAGCUGGUCUCGCUCCUCCCAACGAGGGACCAGGCAACAGCUCCUCCUCAUCUAGUGGUGGCUCCUCGCUCGUAAAGAAGCUGUCCCUGCGGCGAAAGCCGCAGCCUCGGCCUGACCCCCCUUUGACUUCACAAGCCGACAAUGAAGAAAAGGCUCUACCCUCCAUCACGCCUUCCCCCUAUCAUCUGACAGCUCCCUUUGGAAGAAGAUCGUUCGACUCUCUGGUCUCGGUUACUGGAACGCAAGCUGAGAUGGCCCCUUCGUACACUCAGGGAACGGCGGAGCCCAUGCAUCAGAGAGGUCACGCGCGUCGCAAGACUGCAACCGAUCGACAGGCCCUCGAUCCUCCGAGUGGCGCAGUGGCCUACUCUCCUUCUUCCUCCCGAGGUCUCAUCUCCUCAACGACGCGUGGUAGACCUGCGAGAGAAGGAUCGGCUGUCCCCACCUCUUCCGCUUAUCCUACCGGGUAUUGGGCUCCUCCACCUUAUGCGUAUGCUACGGCUCAGAAUGGUGGCGAACAUGGAAUCAGCUUGGGGGAUGAGAUGGAUGCUAUGUUGAGCUCGGAAGCGAGAGAGAGGAGGGAAGCGCUCAGGGGCCAUUCGCCCCCUUUCUUUGCAGUCAGAAGGGGAUGGCGCAAAGGAAUUUAUACGGAAGAGUACGUCGCUGAAGGCACGGUAUCUGUGAGCUGCCGCCCUCAGCUGAUCGGUGCAAUCUUUUCUCGCAGGGACGAGGCAUCGAGGCAGACCCAGAAUUGUGCGUUGAGUUUGAAGGCGGACUUAACCAGAGCUUGAGACAUUUUUGUUCAACCUUGCUUUCCCGCCUCUCCACUUGUCCCUAGUUCCUGGACCGAUAGUGAAGCGGUUCGAGAGUGCCGACGAGGCUGUCGCGUUCGUAUGCGCGCCCACCAAUCCUUCGAAGCCCAGCUUCACACGUAAAGAUUCUUCCGAUUCGAUUUUGCCUCGACCGGUAGCUGCUCCCGCGCUGUUGGCGACGGUACGAACUAGCACGCUGGGCCGAUCGCGGUCCUUGGCCAGCUCGACUACUUCGGGCCGUUCAUUUGGCGCGCGUAGAGGUGCAGCAAUGGGCUACUUGGAUGAGCCGAGUCGGACAUCCCCUUCUUCCACCAGCGGACAGUCUUUCUCGUUCGAAAACGAGGCUACGCAGGCGGGCGGACCAGAUUCUUCGAAGAUGGCACGGUCUGGCAGCAAUCGACCUGCGUCAAGAAAGGGAGCAGAGAACGCAAUGCCCUCUGUGGACGAGGACGGGACAGACCAUAACCUCAGCUUGGGCGCGCCUGGCGUCAGGACCGGAAGCUCGAUGAACCAUCGUCCUGCGCCUUUUGACUUCUCUACGACGACCUCGCACAGUGUCGUCAAGGAUCGCGCUUCCCCUUCGCUAGCCUACUUUGCCAUGGCCUCUUCGCCGCUGACAGCGAAUGCUGCUGCACUAGGUGCAGAAGCCUUCGGCCGAGCGGCUUCUCCCGGCGGACUCGCCAGCGAAAGCCACGCGCAAGCGCACAUCAGCCCCUUGAUCCUACCGGAGCGUCCAACAACCCCGGCGAAACUGCCCAGAAUGGCAAAUGGCGGUGCUGUUUUCGUCAUCGAGGAUGUGACCAAUCUGGAACGAUCUUUGGCUUUCUACUCUGCUGUGUUUGGAGCGAAUCUCGCUCAGAAGCAUGCCAGCGCUCUCUUGCUUCGAGUGGGUUCGCAGGAGCAUGCUGCUUCGCCCACCACACGCAUCUUGCUGCGCCUCCGCGCACAAAGUCCAUUUGAGGAUCGGGCAGAGAAGCAUGAGCAUGAGGCGUCUGACUCUUUCGCGAGCAGCGGAAUGGAAUGUUCAGUCGUCCAUCGACCUACCGCACCCAGAGUUGCGCUGUUGAUAGAGUUCGAAGCGCAAUCCUUGCGCGAGGUACACGCAGGCAUCUCAGACCGCUUGACCAACGCUAAAGCCAAGCAAGGUCACUGGAAGCGCUGCGCCGUGACACCGAUGAUAGACACUGUGAGUGCUUCCUUUGUGGACCUUUCCGAUAGGUGCAAGCACAACUCACACGCACCCGAAUCAUGCAAUGCAGGUCUUUGGUACGCGAGAAGCUCGUUUGACUGGACCAGAUGGCGAGACUUGGAUUCUGAGCUCGCCAAUCGCCUAA